AAAACAGUUUAAACUGAACAAGAAGACCAGUGCUUGUGAUAGGCGGUCAGCUAGUCAAACGGGAAGGCGGCCUUAGGAUCAACGUGCAUAGUUGUUGUCGUAAGACGAAGGCUUCACGUGCGUAGAGAGUGCGAGCAUUGGAGUUGAUGUCCAGCAGCCAGCUGGUUGCUAGCUUUACAGUCUUACAGAUUUAUUAUUUCGUGUGACAUGGCAGUACCAGACCGAGGUCACACCCUUCUACUCAGCAGCUUGGGGAGGUCAAACACCACCGAGACUCCAUUGUCGACUAUCCAGGCCCUCAUCGUCCACUACCUCGCGAAUAUUUAUCCUUCUCCAACACCUCUCGCUGCCACUAUUGUCAGCAGCCCUAUCUUCAUUCAAUUUUCACUUUCAAAACUAGAAGUUCUCAGUACAUCCUUCCGACAUGCGGUACAUUCGAAACUACAGGUGCUGAAAGCAGAUUCGAGUGGACUGUUUUCUCCAAGCUUAGAUACUCAGCUCAACGUCUGGUCCCUUGCUAUCUUUCAAGGUCUCGAGGGUGGACACGCCAUUAUACGAUUAGCCUGUUGCAGCGGACUUCUUCUUGGCCUUGAGGAUAUCCUGCAGCAUUUACCAGCAAAGAUGCGAGGCGUGAAGGGUAUAGCUGAAGAUGAACUGGUAAUGACAUUUGCAGACGUUAUUGACCAGUUCUCAACGUCUGAUACAUGGAGAAAAGAAUUUCAUUCUGCUGCUGAAUCAGCCGAUGCUCUUGCAUUGUCACUCAUCAUAUGUUCUCAAUCUCUUCUGUUGGCACCCUCCCAGAAAUUCACUGCGCUCCCCCUUUCUCAUCUAUUAGGGCUAAUUAUGCGCACCAUCGAGGAUGCGUUUGACGGUGGAAGAUUCCUAUCUUCCCUCCAGUCUUCGUUAUGCUCUAAGGCAGAAUUCAAAAUUCAUAUACCUUCAGACAGCCCAAUUUCAAAAUCCAUCAAGAACGUAUCGAAUUCGAAUUCGAUGGCUUACAUUGGUUCAAUAUCGAAGUUGUGCGCUAGAACCAUGUCGCUCUUUGUAGAUCAUAGGCCAAACAUCGCACUGCCUCUAAUCUCGGAAGCAUAUCAGAAACUCAACUCUAUCACUGCCCACGUUGAAACCGACUGGUUUCCGACCUCACUUUCUGGGGCUACAGGCCAGAGCUUGUUGUCACCAGACGCCAGGGAAGUUACAACCGUCAUAUGGGCGACUUUGAAAACACUCCUUUUCAGCGUGAUUAUGAUCACAGAAGCAGGUCUCUCUGCUCUGGUAUACAUCCCCUCCACUUCCGCUGUUCUACCAUCGACUUCGACGCUCGCAGCAAUUGUUCUGCAAGCGCUCUCACACCUGUCAUUUGUUAUCACGCAGUUUGGUGGUGCAGGUUACGGUGCUUUCGAUGAGCUCAAGAGGUUGUUUUACCUUGCACUCGACAUUCUCGGAAGUGAUGUAACAAAGAGCAACGAAUACGCCCGACAUCUAUGUGUCGUUGAAUCGGGCUUGGAGCCACAUCCGGCUCACCCUUUCUAUCAAGCGAAAAGGGCCUUUGCGCUUUCAGCAAUCGAACAACUUAUUCCUGUGCUUAACGAAAUGACUAUUCAGGAGCUUGUAUUUCCUACGUGCCUUCCGCACCUGUCUGACGCUAGUCACCGCGAGACGUUCGAAUCCGCGCAUAGUGUCGUCCUUGCCAUCUUCGCUUCGCAUGCGCAGAAGGCGAGGGAGUCGACGUCACAACAGGGGGGGGGCUUCACAAGGAAAAUCGUGCCGUUUUAUGCCAACUGUCUAAUAGACAAUUCAGUGCAGGGCAGGCUCAGCACGCUGCAACUCCGGUUAGCAUUUGCUGCUCUCGUUCGGAGUGCGGCGUCUGCUGCCGAUUUGUCUCUUGCGUGGUUUUGCAUCGACUGCCUUUUGGCGGCUGUUGCGUCUGUCUCCAAGCAUGAUAACGAGCGUAAGCAUCGACUUCACCUGACUCUUAUCUCGUGUGUGCCAUCGGUGCCGUUGGCCUUGCUCCCUCGCUUGCUGGAUCCCAUCCGUUCAUUUAUGGAUGCAGCUCAGGACGAGAAGAAGAGGCAGGAACUUAUCGACGCGCUCUUUGCGGAGAUCAAAGUGCGCGUCGGCGAUAGAGAGAAAGAAUAUAUUAUUCGGUGGUGGGGAGAGCUGCGGAUGAAGUGGGCUCAUACUGUGCCUGGUCGUGAGGAAAUCCAGGGGGAUCAUGGUUUGGACACUGAAGUGACAUUGACUCCACGACUGUGAAUCGUGAUGUGCUCUCCUGAUGUUUUUGCGUACGAAUUACUCAAAUGAAAAAUGCUUCAAGGGGGUCGUUGUACAUAACAUGUCACUCUGGCAGUCCUGUCAAGUCUUACGCAUGGAAUCGAGGGUUCCAACGCGCCACACUGACUGCAUAGCAACAGUUAUUCAUUUAAUUUGUUAGGCGGUCCAACCUAUUAGGUGUACCGUACAGUAAUUAGGUCCUGACGGAGUUCGAAACCUCACCUAGCGGAUGUUCCGGGCCGGUAAUUUUCAAGUACUGUUAACAACCUAUUGGCACAAAUGAGGUAGACUUAUCCUCCAGUGCAACUCAUCCCCACAAAUGGCCUGUCUGACUCCUGUAUA